GGGUCUCGUGGUGCCCCCGGCAGGUUCGAGAAGUUGGACAUCACCCCCAAGAGCGCCCAGAAGCUGAAACCGGUGCUGGAGAAGUGGUUGAGCGAAGCCGAGCUCCGCAACCAGGAAGGGCAGCAAAACCUGAUGGAAUUCGUGGGGGGGGAGCCCUCGAAGAAGAGGAAGCGCCGGACCUCCUUCACCCCCCAGGCCAUCGAGGCCCUCAACGCCUACUUCGAGAAGAACGCCCUGCCCACGGGCCAGGAGAUCACCGAGAUCGCCAAGGAGCUCAACUACGACCGCGAAGUCGUUCGCGUCUGGUUCUGCAACCGGCGCCAGACCCUCAAGAACACCAGUAAACUCAACGUCUUUCAGAUCCCCUAA